UAAAGAUUGCAUGACAACAUGGGGGUGCUUUUUAUAUUUCAGGAGAAGAAUCAAACCCUGGGAAUUUGAAAUCUUCUUUGAUCCCAGACAACUCCGUAAAGAGACCUGUCUGCUCUACGAAAUCAAGUGGGGCACGAGCCAUAAAGUCUGGCGAAACUCGGGCCAAAACACAACCAAGCACGUUGAAGUCAAUUUUAUAGAAAAAUUCACCUCAGAAAGAAAACUUUGCCCAUCCAUCAGCUGCUCCAUCACCUGGUUCUUGUCCUGGAGCCCCUGUUGGGAAUGCUCCAAGGCUAUUCGAGAAUUUUUGAGGCAACACCCCAAUGUGACUCUGGUUAUUUAUGUAGCACGGCUGUUUCAUCACAUGGAUCAGCGAAACCGGCAAGGACUCAAGGAUCUCAUUCUCAGUGGUAUAACUGUCCAAAUUAUGAGAGUUUCAGAGUAUCAUCACUGCUGGAGGAAUUUUGUCAGCUACUCACCUGGGGAAGAAACUUACUGGCCAAGAUACCCGCCUCUGUGGAUGAUGAUGUAUGCACUGGAACUCCACUGCAUAAUUCUAAGUCUUCCACCUUGUUUAAAGAUUUCAAGAAGAUGUCAGCAUCAGCUCACACUUUUCAGCCUUACUCCUCAAAAAUGCCAUUACCAGAUGAUUCCACCCUAUAUCCUUUUAGCUACAGGGUUGAUAGAACCUCCUAUGACUUGGAGAUGA